UGAGGCAAAGCGCUCCGUCGACGCCGCUACGCCUCGCGAUCGCGUCGAUAUCCACUUUAUUUCGCGCAUGCGGCGUUCGUGCUUAGCAAAAAACGCAGGCGAACUCGCAUGCGCCCUGCGAAUUCGGUACUGCCUCUGGCCGAGUCUUGCGACACGACUCCUCUUAUGUGUCGCAUAAUUGAUUGUCCACUCGGCUCUGACAUUGAACGGACUGUGCACGGCUGUAGCCUAUUUCACUACUUUACUCACUAAGUUUAAUCAAAGUGGAAUCGUGAUGGCAUUUUUCUGUGAUUGUGAUAUUAUAGUGUGCUAAUGGUGUGUGACCAUGGAUGUGGCGAAGGAUAAGACUGGGAUAUGCGAAGAUUUUGCAGAGGAAGGCAAAGAUUCCCGACGCUGCAUGCUCGAUGAUUUGCAGUUAGCAGCAGAACUCGGAAAAACUCUGUUAGAGAGAAACAAAGAACUUGAAACAGGGCUACGUCAACAUCAAAAUGUUAUUGAAGACCAGGCCCAGGAAAUUGAGUACUUAACAAAACAAACAGUGGCACUCCGCGAGGUAAACGACUCAAGACUGAGAAUCUACGAGCAGUUGGAAGUAAGCAUCCAAGACUUAGAGCGUGCCAACCACAGGCUCGCCGUCGACCACGCUGCGGACAAGAAACACAUUAAAACGCUAUGCGGAAACAUCGAAACCUUGGAGGGCAAAUGUGAAGAGCUUCAAAAGACUGUAGACGACCUAUAUAGCCAACUGGAAAUUUUUAGGCGGCGAUCGGAGCGGAAGCCCGAAAGCGAGAAACCCAAAGAAAAGCCUCCGGAAACGACAAACGCUAUCGUUAAAAAACCAGAAACUAACGGUACUCCUCUCAAAAGUGCGCCCUUACCGGAGCUUACGAAAGAAGACGAAGACUUAUUGAGACUCAGCGAUGAGCUUAGAGAGAAUAAGGCUGCAUUUGCACAAGAGCACAGGAGAGUCACUGAACUAGAGGAACAGUUGGCUUCAGUUAUUCAGGAGAAUAACAGGUUACAGGAACAGUUGAGGAAUUGGCACCAGCGAGAUGACGAACCUAAGUCGAUGCACGAGGAGUUCUCGAUCCUUGAAGAAGUCAGGCAAGGACAACUGUGCAUCAGAUGUCUCCGCGGCAUUGAGCGCGACGACAUGUCUUCUAUGCUGGACGGAGAGGAUGACGACAGAAGUGCUAUUUCGUCACUCAUUCUCACUCCAACCGGAAACCUGAGCCCCAAAGACGAAGUCAAUAGCAAACUUAUGAAGUUCGACAACGCCAAGGAAAAGUUACUUCAAGGUAUUUGGGCAAAUAAGGAAGACGGCCACGAGAACCCGUACCGGGAGCUCGUGCAGAAAUAUGAGGCUUUACUGGAAGUACAACUGUCGCAAGGCAAAAACAUCAAGAAGAACAAGACGGCCUCGCCGAGCGCACAAAACCAAACCGGGCCGCUCUCUCUUAACGACGAGCUGCAGACCUCCGGAGACUUCAGCCAGUUCAGCGUUAAGGACACCGACGAGGAAAGCGGCCACGGUGAAGAAGCCCAAAAAGUUAACCGACCGAAGACGGAGCCCAACUCGCGCAAAAAGAUCAUCCAAACACCGGACUUCUCCGAGGCCGAAACUUCGAGCUCCGGUUUCUCAGACGAAACUAGCAACAAAGCGACACAAACCGAACGCGAGAGACCCGGCUCCUUCUUGUGCACAAUCGCAGACGGCGAGGAUUACCGGUUUAGUAUUUACGACGACGUCAGUCCGAUGGACAGUCGUUUCCGCAACAGGCCUGAAUACCGAGAAUUAUUUAAGGAGAUUUUUACAAUUUUGAAGAAAGCGGCAGAGAACAAAGAUGAUGGAGAGCAGCUCCCCUUGCUCGACGACACGACGACCGGCAAAGUGCCACCCGUCACGCCCGCCACGGAGGAGCCCCCGGGCGACUUCACCGACGACACCCAGAGCGUCCUGUCGUCUGUCAUGUCCGAACAGUCCAUUCCAGUAUCCGACGUCACCGCUCCAGAUUCUUCGACGCCGAAAGAGAAGGAGCAGCCCAAAAUAGCUUCUGAACUGAGGGAAGCCCCGCCGAAGACGAGCGUUGAAAGCAAUAAAGAAAACAAGCCAGUGGCCGAGAGCACCGAGAAACCGAAAUCCAGCGAGCAAAGGAAAGAGAAGGAGAGAGAAAAGGAGAAAGAACGCGUGCUCACGCCUCUGGUGCGUCAGCCACUGGAGUACAUCGCGGCCACUAGAAAGAAGUCCAGGCAUCGCAAUCGCAAGCACAGUCAAGAUCGACAGGGAGCCGACUCGCCCGUCUUUCCGUCGCCACCGAAGAUCACCUACCAGAAGUCCUCCAAUAAGAAACGCAGAGAUUACAGACCCAUCGAAGUCAGUCCCCUCGCGAGGCCCGCGGAGGCCGAGUGGAACGGCUCCACGCUCCAGUUCUACAACAGGAACCUCAACUCGCCCACGCCCAGCGUGAGCGGCCGCACCGGCAAGAUCUACCAAGGAUGGAAUCCGGAAACAGACUCCUGGGACAUCAAACAGAGCACCGCGUCCCAGGAGAUCCACAAGCUCAGGAAACUGGAACUGUCCUACGCCGAGGUCCUGAGGAACACCGACAAAAACAAGAACAGGCGUAAGAAGCAUCAAUAAUAUUAUCAAACGGUAUUUUACAAAACGACCCCCUCUCGCGUUGGCGAGAGUCGAGUGAUUCGAUCGCCAUUUGUCUUCGCCGACCGGACAAAAUGUAGUUUUAAGUAUUUUGUGAUCUGCUAGCGUUACUUAUUAAUUUAUAUCACGAACGAUCAUCGAAUGCCAUACCGAUAUAUAGUUAUUUAUAUAAUCUCAUAUUGUAUAAGAGCCCGACAAGAAAUAGUCAGUUACAAAUUAAUUUAUUUUACCUAUUUAUAAAGAUCCCUCUACGACUUCAUAGAGUAACGCUCGUGGCGUUGCAACCGACCGAAAUAUGCAUUUAUAGUAGACAAGUGUCCGAUUGUGGCUUCUUCGUUGUUUGUGAGCUUUCUUCGUAUAUCGCAUUUUAUUUCAUUUGUAUCAACUGAACGGAUCCAAGUGUUUGUUCCGUCAUCGAGUCACUAUUUUAAUUGUAUAUUGUGUAUUUUA